UCGUUCCUGUUGAAAUCUGUCAUUUUUGCUUAUGUUGUAUAUACAUUUGCAUGAAAAGUGGAACGAUUGAAAUCACACCGAAGUUUAAGAAUUGAUUAUCAUUUUUAAUUAAAUGAUAUAGAAGAGUAUAAAAACACAAUCAAAGAGUCAUCUCCGUUAGUUAGAGGUCAAAACCGUUCUGUAAAUGUAGUAAGAUGGCAGGCUUACUGUUGUGUACAACGCGCCUUUUAUCUUUACUUCUUAUUAAUUUAUUCUUUGUCUCUUCUGGUCCCGUCAUCAAAUCAAUACAAAAUGUCCCUGAGCCCUUAAUUCGAAGUGCUUUGAAUUCUUUAAAUCAAGAUUCUCCUACGCAUCAUACAUAUAAGGGCGGUAACCUAAUUAGCGCGCAAAAAAUGGAAGAACCACCAUAUGCAAUAUACAGACUUACAUUUGAUUUAACUCCUAUUUGCAAAGGAACAUUGGAACCUUGCCCUCGAGAAGCAUGUGCCAUUGAAGUGAAACAACAUGAACUUGGCGAUAUAAAUAUCUUAAAGGAAUCUAUACAAUGCAUGUAUUUGUAUCCUCAAUCCAAACAGGAUGAUCCAUUGCAAGUGCAAGAAAGUAAUCAUGAUCAAGAUCACAUUAUUGAAAAUUUGGACAAACAAAUUAUCAAUAAUCAGAGUGUUGAGUUAGACCAUGAAAUUCAAAAAAAUGGAGACCAUGUUGACAGACCGUUUAUAGCAAUGAGAGCUUCUAGUCCUAACUACUGUCCAGGAUGUCCGUAUGAAUUAAAUCCAAAUUUACCUGGAUUUACUGCUUUUGGAGAACAAGUAGUAAAGUCAAUGGAUGAAUUAAUACAAAAUGAUUUCAAACACAAAGUAAUUAAUAUUGCAAAUGUAACUCGUGCUGUGCCACCUUCAUCUAAUAUUAUACAGUACCAAAUUUUAUUUUAUAUAGGAGAAACUAACUGUUUGAAAAAUGCAGUAGAACAACAAAAAUGUUUUGUACAGGUAAAUCUUCCUGUCAAGAUAUGUUUGGUAACAUUUGAAGAACAACCGUGGCAACAAUCUAGUCGUAAGAUAAUAAAAAAUAAUUGUACUAUGGAUGAUAAUGCGGAAAUUAAAGAAAAUGUUAAUUUUUAUUCAACAUUAAAUAGCGAAGCACUUGUAACAUCAGUACCUAAUAGAGAAGAAGCAAAUUAUGAAAAGUGGGAAGCUCUAGAAAAUUUGAGAAAUAUUCUGGAUAAUUAUACUUAUGUUACAACAAAAGACUCUGAAAAACUAGAGCAAUCAGUAGUAACAGAACACCCUAUUCUAAAAGUUUCAAUAAACAAAAGUGACAAUAAUGAUAAACCACAAGAAUUUGAGGAUAAAGUAAAAGAAUUUAAUGAAUUUCUGAAAGAUUUUGAUGUACCUACUACAGAAACUCGAUCAAAUUUAGAAAUAAACAAAGAUGAAGUUAAAGAAGAAAUCAUUUACCCAACAAAGGUUGAUUCUGCAAUUAAUACGUCACACACCUUAUACAGGAAUAAAAGAUCUGUUGUUGGUGCACCUAUGAGCAUAAAUGUUAAUGACCCUAUAGUGCAGGAACUUGUAAAUAAGGGUUUAACAAAAUUUUCAGAAAAUUCUGAAGGUUCAAACGAACCAAUGAUAGCUGAAAUUGUUGAUGCUUCGCGACAAGUAGUAUCUGGCUACUUAUAUCUAAUAAAAGUUAAAUUGGGUACAAGCAAUUGUCCAAAAGGUACUAAGAACAAUUGUCAGUUAAAAGAAGGAACUGAAAUUAAAGAAUGUUUAUUUGAAAUAUGGUCUCAGCCAUGGAUAGAUAAUGGAUCUCCAAAAAUUACCAUCCAUUGUGAUGUAAAUAAUCGUCGGAAACGAUCUUUGCAAGGUAAACUGUAUAAUUACAAAAUGUUGAAAAUAGCUCAGGAGAUGAAAGAUCAGAGCUUAUUUGCAAAUUUUGUUAAGACAUUUAACAAAACAUAUGCUUCAGCUGAAGAGAAGCAACAACGUUUCAAAGUCUUUAAAAUGAAUCUACAGAUUAUACAAAUGUUACAAACAUAUGAGCAAGGAACAGCUCAAUAUGGUGUUACAAUGUUUGCAGAUCUUACGCCUAAAGAAUUUAAAGCUCGUUAUUUAGGUCUUCGCCCCGAAUUGAAACGGGAAAAUGAAAUACCUUUUUCCGAAGCUGAGAUUCCAGACAUUUCAUUACCACACAAAUUCGACUGGCGAGAUUAUGGUGUAGUUACACCUGUAAAAGAUCAAGGUCGAUGUGGAUCAUGUUGGGCAUUUUCUGUUACUGGAAAUAUAGAAGGACAAUAUGCAAUUAAGCAUGGGAAUUUAUUAUCUUUAUCUGAACAAGAAUUAGUAGAUUGUGAUACUUUAGAUGAAGGAUGCAAUGGAGGAUAUAUGGACAAUGCUUAUAAAGCAAUAGAAACAAUAGGUGGUCUCGAAUUAGAAUCAGAUUAUCCCUAUGAUGGCAAAAAUGAAAAAUGUCAUUUUGUGAAAACAAAAGCUACAGUACAAGUUAUUGAUGCUGUAAAUAUUACAUCAAAUGAAACAAAAAUGGCACAAUGGUUAACUCAAAAAGGUCCAAUUUCAAUUGCAAUUAAUGCUAUUGCCAUGCAGUUUUAUUUUGGAGGAGUUUCACAUCCAAUUCACGCUUUAUGUAACGCUAAUGCCUUAGACCAUGGAGUUUUAAUUGUAGGAUAUGGGACAAGCAGAUAUCCUAUCUUUCAUAAAGAAUUACCUUACUGGAUAAUAAAAAAUAGUUGGGGUCCACGAUGGGGCGAGAGCGGUUAUUAUAGAGUUUACAGAGGAGAUGGUACCUGUGGUCUUAACAAACAACCUACAAGUGCUAUAGUUGCAUAACAAAUAUAUUUAAGAAACUAAUGGCUUUAAUAAUAAU